GCCGGCAGGCGGGCCAUAACAUUAGGCACACCUGCACACUCACUUGACGUAUUUUAACUUUUCCAUAAACGUUGAAAUUGUUUAAUAAAACCACGUGCUCCAAUUUGAAAAGGAUUUUAAAGUAGAAUGUAGCCCAAAAAAUGAGAACAAUUUUGAACAGCCUUUCCAGUAUUUUGUUUUUGUCAUCAUUUGAAUUGGAGUUGGCUUCGAGAAGAAAGAAAGACGCGCAAACAGUCGUCAACAAAACGAGGGGCCCCCUCGAUCGAUAAGUCGAUGCUCGAUUGAGCGCACUCCCGGACUUCCACCGGGCGUCAUCAGGCACGAGCAAUCGAUAGCCGGCCGGUUAGGGGAACGCGACGGGAGCCAGCGAGAGAGUCCCAAGUUUCGGGAAGACGUUUGACGCUCUCCGAAAGGUUAGCACCUCGUUGACUCGAAAUUGCGGAGAAAUGUGAGCCUUGAGAGCAGGAACGCGUGUUGGAAGACACGAAGGAAGUUUUCCAGACGAGCGAAAACAAAGGCAGCUUAUUAGCCUUCCCGUUUGCGCCAACACGCCGACAUGAUUUCGAGCCCGAAAAGUGACGAUUGAGCAGCUCUUAAGUCGAUCGCAAGGGACCCUCGAACCACAAGCCGUCAGUGCGUCAGAGGUGAUCUCCAUGGCAACGCAGUUCACCAUCGACGACGCCUUCGUGCUGGAGGUCGAUGAGGACGGAGCCGCGUCUGGCGUGGACGCCGACGGACGGAAGCCUCGGGACAAGGACAGAGAAGCAGAGCUAACGUUCGGCCCUCUGACUUUCUCCAAAGCGCAGCCUCACCCCUCGCCUGAGCACAGCAACCUCAAGUAUCAGAAUCUGGAAAAUGAAGAUCCGCUUACCAACAACGGCAAUUCCUCUUUUAACAACUUCUUCAAAAUCAGUGACCCCGCCACGCUGUCUUACUGCAGCUCUCAGUGGUCCUUCAGCACCUUGAGUUCUGUCACGCAACUUUCAGCACGUUGUUGCGGGUGGCUGUCGCAUCCGAUGGUGAAGAAAAACCAAAGAGUUGUCCUUGCUUCCUUCCUUCUCCUGGUCACUGGAGUUGCUCUUAUUUUCACUGGCGUUCUCAUACAUCUGAAUCCAAGUUCAGGCGUUUCAAGUGCCAUCUUCUUCGUGCCGGGAUUCCUGCUCUUCAUCCCUGGAGUGUAUCACGUGAUAUACAUCAGCUGCGCUGUCCGCGGCAGAAGAGGCUUCAAGUUGUUCUACCUGCCUUAUUUUGACAAAUGAGAUUUCACCAAACACGACAUGAACCACUUUUGCUUUGUUCUGUUGUCAGUCCAGUGCCAACGUAUCCUGUUUGUGUUUCGGCGGUUGUGAUGACCGCUGACAAUGAAUCAUUCACUUGCUUGCCCUUUUCCACUACUGGAAACUGACUGACCUGUGUACGUCCAUGGACAUAUUGUAGAGUAUUUUUAUGCUAUGUGAAUACAGACUAUGAAAUGGCAAUAAAAACAUUUGUAACUUUU